CUGGAAACUGCUCCUGCGCUCACUCAGGAUUAUCAGUCCUGACAUUGCCAGGGAGUCCAUUUGUUCUACUCAGCUGCAGACCAACACGUGAUAAUCCAGGUGGCAAAAUGACAAACUUCACUCUGUUCUUUGACCCAUGAAUUUGAAAUAAUCUUUCAUCGAGUUCCAUCUCCUUGAGCCUCAUAUGGAACGCAUCUCUCUGUCUGUUGUUAAACGACGAUGACAUGUCUGCAGCUAUCAGAAAGAGAAGCUGGGAAGAACAUGUGACCCAACGGGUGGGACAGCCUUUUAGUUCUGAUGAUUGCAACAGGGAAUGUCAUCAUGGACUCGUAGCCGACAGCUUGCAGGCAAGUAUGGAAAAAGAUGCAGCCCUCAAUGUGGACCGCAAAGAGAAGUGCGUUUCACUCCCAGACUGCUGUCGCGGAUCAGAGCUGAGAGAUUUUCCUGGGAGGCCAAUGGGUCACAUUUCAAAGGAGGUGGAUGAAAAUGACAGUCCUGAAGGUGAAGAUCAGUUUCUUUCUCUGGAAGCCAGCACAGAAACACUUGUGCAUGUUUCUGAUGAGGAUACCGAUUCUGAUCUAUACCUUGCGGAUGAUAAACAGAUUUUAACUACUACCCAAGGGCCUAAAAUAUCAGACCAACAUAAUGUCGAAGGAGCAGGCUCCUUAGUAAAGGCACUGCCUAUCAUGGAAAGUAACCAAGAUUCUUAUAACUCCUGGGGAAUGGCUGGGGAAGCUGAUUUGGUAGAAGAUUGCGGGGAAAAUAAAGUUGCUGAUACUGUAAGAAGCCUGGAGCUUUGUAGUGAUAUAAGCUUAAAUGAAACAAAGGAUGUACCCAACGUCAUUAGGCUUGAUUCUUUGAAUGGGAAAGAUAUUGUGCCUGAGAAGCAAUUGCUGAAUUCUGCCGUAAUUGCCCAGCAACGAAGGAAACCUGAUUUCACUAAAGAUGAAUCUGAAAGAAAUACCCUCCACGUCAGACAAGAUGAGUUCUUGGCUACUCCUUGCCCAGACCAAGGACUGCCAUUAUUAAAAGCAGAUUUUGGAAGCUGCAUUCUGCAGCCUCCUUCCUGCCCCAGUGGAAUGUCAGCUGAAAUCUACCUGGAGAAGAGGGGUUUCUCAGAACAUCAAAACAAAAGUGCUCCAAAGGUCAACAUGGAAGGUGGCAUGCAGUGUUUACAUGUGAGGGACUCUCUGACCACCCAGGAGUCCACAGACAGCCAAGUCAGACUUCGCAAGAGAAAGGAAAUGAGAGAAGACCGAGAUAAGGCGCGACUGGACUCCAUGGUGCUGCUAAUUAUGAAACUGGACCAACUUGACCAGGACAUCGAGAAUGCUCUCAGCACCAGCUCCUCUCCAUCCAGCACACCAACAAACCUGCGGCGGCAUGUUCCUGAUCUGGAAUCGGGAUCUGAAAGUGGAGCAGAUACUACUUCAGUAAACCAGACGCAAGUAAAUUUGCCUUCUAACACUGAGUCCACUGAUCUACCAUCUUCCACCCCACUGACCAUUUCUGGAACCAAACCCAAGGCAAUGGCUAUGCCAGGUGUUUCAGAGAAGGAAAAGGCUGAAAUCGAAGCCAAGGAAGCCUGUGAUUGGCUGCGGGCAACUGGUUUCCCCCAGUAUGCACAGCUUUAUGAAGAUCUCCUUUUCCCCAUUGAUAUUACCUCGGUCAAGAGAGAACAUGAUUUUUUGGACAGAGAUGCCAUUGAGGCCCUAUGCAGGCGUUUAAAUACUUUAAACAAAUGUGCGGUGAUGAAGCUAGAAAUUAGUCCUCAUCGGAAGAGAAGUGAGGAUUCGGAUGAAGAUGAGCCUUGUGCAAUAAGUGGCAAAUGGACUUUCCAGAGGGACAGCAAGAGGUGGUCCCGGCUUGAAGAGUUUGAUGUGUUUUCUCCAAAGCAGGACCCAGUGUCUGGGUCCCCAGAUGAUUCCCACCUGAAGAACGCCAUGAGCCAUGAAAGUAUGCUGACGGACCUCAGCGAGCGCCAGGAGGUGUCUUCUGUCCGGAGCCUCAGCAGCACCAGCAGCAUCCCCACCCACGUGUCCCAGAGUGGGGAUGCUGUGACACCCCGGACUAACUCCGUCAUUAGUGUCUGCUCCUCCAGCCACUUUAUAGGCAAUGACGACUCUUUCUGCAGCCUUCCCUCUCCCAAGGAACUAUCUAGCUUCAGCUUUAGCAUGAAAGGGCAUGAGAAAAAUGCCAAGUCUAAGACCCGAAGCUUGCUGAAACGGAUGGAGAGCUUAAAGCUCAAGGGCUCCCACCACAGCAAGCACAAGGCACCCUCCAAGCUGGGGCUGAUCAUCAGUGGGCCCAUUCUGCAAGAGGGUAUGGAUGAGGAGAAGCUGAAGCAGCUGAACUGCGUGGAGAUCUCAGCCCUCAAUGGCAACCACAUCAACGUCCCCAUGGUACGAAAGAGGAGUGUAUCCAACUCCACACAGACCAGCAGCAGCAGCAGCCAGUCAGAAACUAGCAGCGCUGUCAGCACACCUAGCCCUGUCACCAGGACACGGAGCCUCAGUGCCUGCAACAAGCGGGUGGGCAUGUAUCUAGAGGGCUUUGAUCCUUUCAAUCAGUCCACAUUUAACAACGUGAUGGAGCAGAACUUUAAAAACCGCGAGAGCUACCCAGAGGACACAGUGUUCUACAUCCCUGAAGAUCACAAGCCUGGCACCUUCCCCAAGGCCCUUUCCAAUGGAAGCUUCUGUCCUUCGGGAAAUAACAGCUCUGUGAACUGGAGGACUGGAAGCUUCCAUGGCCCUGGCCAUAUCAGCCUCAGGAGGGAAAACAGCAAUGACAGCCCUAAGGAACUUAAGAGGCGAAAUUCCUCGAGCUCCAUGAGCAGCCGCCUGAGUAUCUACGACAACGUGCCAGGCUCCAUCCUCUAUUCCAGCUCAGGCGACCUGGCCGACCUGGAGAAUGAGGACAUCUUCCCCGAGCUGGACGACAUCCUCUACCACGUGAAGGGGAUGCAGCGGAUCGUCAACCAGUGGUCGGAGAAGUUUUCAGAUGAGGGAGACUCGGACUCAGCCCUGGACUCCGUCUCUCCUUGCCCGUCCUCUCCCAAACAGAUCCACCUGGAUGUGGACAACGACCGAACCACACCCAGUGACCUGGACAGCACAGGCAACUCCCUGAAUGAGCCCGAAGAGCCCUCUGACAUCCCGGAAAGAAGGGACUCCGGGGUGGGGGCUUCCCUGACCAGGUGUAAUAGGCACAGACUGAGAUGGCACAGUUUCCAGAGCUCCCACCGGCCAAGCCUAAACUCUGUAUCUCUGCAGAUUAACUGCCAAUCUGUGGCCCAGAUGAACCUACUGCAGAAAUACUCGCUCCUCAAGUUGACAGCUCUGCUGGAGAAGUACACACCUUCUAACAAGCAUGGUUUUAGCUGGGCUGUGCCCAAGUUCAUGAAAAGAAUCAAGGUUCCAGACUACAAGGACCGGAGCGUGUUCGGGGUCCCCCUCACGGUCAACGUGCAGCGUACAGGACAACCCCUGCCUCAGAGCAUCCAGCAGGCCAUGCGCUACCUCCGUAACCACUGUCUGGAUCAGGUUGGGCUCUUCAGAAAAUCAGGUGUCAAAUCCCGGAUUCAGGCUCUGCGCCAGAUGAAUGAGAGUGCCACAGAUUGUGUCAACUAUGAAGGACAGUCUGCUUAUGAUGUGGCAGACAUGUUGAAGCAGUAUUUUCGAGAUCUUCCUGAGCCACUCAUGACAAACAAACUCUCGGAAACCUUUCUACAGAUCUACCAAUACGUACCCAAAGACCAGCGCCUCCAGGCCAUCAAGGCUGCCAUUAUGCUCCUGCCUGAUGAGAACCGGGAGGUUCUCCAGACGCUUCUUUACUUCUUGAGUGAUGUCACAGCGGCUGUAAAAGAAAACCAGAUGACUCCGACCAACCUGGCCGUGUGCUUAGCGCCUUCUCUCUUCCACCUCAACACCCUGAAGAGAGAGAAUUCUUCUCCAAGGGUAAUGCAAAGAAAACAGAGUUUGGGCAAACCAGAUCAGAAAGAUCUGAAUGAAAACCUAGCUGCCACUCAAGGGCUGGCCCAUAUGAUUGCUGAGUGCAAGAAGCUUUUCCAGGUUCCUGAGGAAAUGAGCCGGUGUCGCAAUUCCUAUACUGAACAAGAGCUGAAGCCCCUCACACUGGAGGCCCUGGGGCACCUGAGUAACGAUGAAUCGGCUGACUACAAACACUUCCUCCAGGACUGCGUGGAUGGCCUGUAUAAGGAGGUCAAAGAGAAGUUUAAAGGCUGGGUCAGCUACUCGACUUCUGAGCAGGCCGAGCUCUCCUACAAGAAGGUGAGUGAAGGACCCCCUCUGAGGCUUUGGAGAUCAACCAUCGAAGUCCCUGCUCUGCCUGAGGAGAUCUUAAAGCGCCUACUGAAAGAGCAGCACCUCUGGGAUGUCGACUUGCUGGAUUCAAAAGUAAUCGAAAUCCUGGACAGCCAGACUGAAAUUUACCAGUAUGUCCAAAACAGUAUGGCACCCCACCCGGCUCGGGACUACGUGGUGUUGAGAACCUGGAGGACGAAUUUACCCAAAGGAGCUUGUGCCCUACUACUCACCUCUGUGGAUCACGACCGAGCCCCGGUGGCAGGCGUGAGGGUCAACGUGCUCCUGUCCAGAUAUUUGAUUGAACCCUGCGGGUCAGGAAAAUCCAAACUCACUUACAUGUGCCGAGCUGAUUUAAGGGGUCACAUGCCAGAAUGGUACACAAAAUCUUUUGGACAUUUGUGUGCAGCUGAAGUGGUAAAGAUUCGAGACUCCUUCAUUAAUCAGAGCACUGAAACCAAGGAUACCAAAUCUAGGUGAUUCCUGAAGCAAAGCAACUGUGUCCACCACCUGCGUGAUUGUUUCCAGAACCUUGCCAGUCCUUGGAAGAAUCAGUGUGUGUCUGAUCCUGAAGCAAAUACAAGUCAGAGUAUAGAAAGUGACUGUAGCAAUUUGAUACAUUUUUAAAGCUGCUUCCUGUUUGUUUAAGGUCUAUUCUGGAGACCUUGACUGGAAUAUAUAAGACUGUGCAUAUAAAAAAAAGAAAAAAAAAGUUCUUGUAUUCUAAUUCAAAUUGCUUCUGAGAAGCAAAACUCUUUAAAUACAUUAUGGAAGACAAUGAAGAUAUUUCAUUCUCUGUGAUAUCGGUGUAUGUUACCUAUGUCAUUGAUUUGCAGUAUGUCGAGGGACUGGUGUAUCCACUGGAAUAGUUGGUACUUGUGGACAUGUUUUCUCACUGAGAUGAGCAAAGAAAGGUUUGCACAGAGGAGUGUGAAUGUGUGUUUGUCACUGGUUGAGUGGCAUAGAUGUCUACGUUGGAAUGCAGUGUCUGGCACACUGAGAUGCCUCCAGGAAGGAAUGUCGAUGCAGCAGGUUCAGUUUAACCUGGAAUAGUUGACUACCCAUGGAUCCAUCCAGAAAGGAGACCCAACAAACACUGUCCAUUUUUUCUUUUCCAGGUUGGUAGGCAUAUUCCUUUUCCACUAAUUCUUCUUUACCUUAGAAGUCAUUGCAGGUUUACUGCAACACUCAUUGCAAAUGCAGUUUGUUUUUAGACCUGAUUGCAAACAGGGAUAUAGUUUUAACCAAUAAAGAUGACUUCAGGAACAAUAAUCCCCUUCCCCUGACCUUAUUAGCUCCAAGGCACAGGGGGGUUUUGUUUGUUUUUAUCUUUUUAAGAGCAGUAAAAACUAAACACUCUCUUUACUCCUAAAUCGAGCAUAAAAACUUUUUUUUUUAACCUGUUACAGUUCUUUGCAGUUUCAUGUGUAUAGCACAAACUCUUUGAGACACUAUGCAUGAGAACAUGGGAAACCGUCCCAAGGAAAUUCCUGUAAGUUUAACCCAGGCACAAAAAGCCUUUUUUUUUUUUUUUCUUUUUUCCUUUUUUGGUGGUUGUUAACAGCAUUCCUGAAAGCUGCACAUUUUUAUUAAUUGGUUUUGUUCUUAUCAGCAAAUAGGUUUUUCUGGUUUCUUGGCUUUUGUUUUGUUUGUUUUUCCUAUAUUUCUUUUUCUUUUCUUUUAUGAUGCCCUCAAAAUGUAUUUUAGUCCUAAGGGGAAGUAGUAAUCACAGUGAAAGAAUACAGCACAGUUUUCUGGAAGGGUGGUCUUUAUACAGGUUUUACUGUAAUAGUUAAGAUUGACUCUAGAGACAGUAUUAGUGAAUUUAUUUUGUAUGGAUCAAAAGUGAAUAAUGUAUGAAUGAGAGUUGUAAGAAGGAUUUUUAUUUUGUUAUAACUUAGUUACCAUUGUCAGUGUUAACUAUUUCAAAGGUUCUUUGAAGAGUUGGGGGGUGGGUCAGAUUAGAAUUUUAAAAUUUGAGUAUUUUGGAUAUCAGUGUUCCUCGUAAAGAUAUAAUUGUAUAUUCAAUUUUGAUGGCUUCCAGAUUUGUAAGAUUGUAUGUUGUAUAUACCAUUCUAUUAAGAAAUAUGUACACAUGUCUGUCCACUGUGCUUUCAGACAUAGAUAAAGCAUGACAAAGAUUAUUAUUUAAAAUAUACUUGUAUUUAUACCUCAGAUAUUCUUUUGGGUUUUGUACCUCAAGGCUUUUUCCCCCUUAAUGUAAAUACACUUUACAUGAAUACAGUCUAAGUGAAAAAAAUAAAUAAAAGGAAGAAGUUUAUAAUUUGCUCUAUAUCUGUACAGAAUAUAAUCAGUAAGUGCACUAUUAAAUGUUUAAAGUAAGGGAAAAGUCUGGCCUGCUUUACUUUGUUUUUGCAUCUUACUCCCAUCCUUCAAACCACAGAUUGCAAAGCAUAGCAACCCAACUUUGACCAAAAUUAAAAGACAGAUUGGCUGAAGGAAAAAAAAAAAUCAGACUGUAAAUUCAUUCCAAGGCCAAACUGCAACUGAGCCACACUCAAUCACAAACAGGAAACUCUGGAGAAGGUUCAGGAAGCAGGGUGACUCCAAACAAAGGUCCAGUUAGGAAAUGAUGCCCAGAAAGUUACGAGAAUAAGCAACAGCAAUGGAAAGAUGUUCAUAAGCAAAGUCAAGGUCACUACACUAAUUUGUCCCACAAAAGGUUUCUUCUUCCCCACUGUUGAGCUUCCCAUGGAAAGGAUUCCUUGGGAUAUUUCGAAAGGAUGUGGAUAUUUUCAAGAACUCCCACUUAGCUGGCCUAACACCUAUCUCUACAACUGAUUUAUGUGGCUAACUGCCUAGACUGUAAGCCCUUCGAGGGCAGGCGCGUCUCCUGCACAACCUCCUAACCCUCUACAGCAGCUUUUCAGUGUUUUUGUACUUGGAGGCACCUAAUAAAUUUAUUAUUUGCUAAAGUGAA